AGCUUCGUCUCAGCCAGUCAGCCUCCCUUUCCCCAUUGUUGAGCUAAUAAUCCAUCUUUGACACCUUUUUUUAAAGCAGAAAUGGCAUACGAUGAUCCCAAAACCUCACUUCUCCCCGUCAACGAUCGAAGCCAACCGUCGUCACCACCACCACCACCCUUUUCACUUAAAUCCAUGGCUACACUUAAAAAUUUCUGCAUCCUGUCAGGUCCCCUUUUGUGUGCCGUAAUCUGCCUUUGUGUCACCUUCGAUGGCCCGACGACUAGCCGGAACAUGUUAGCGGUGACGGCGUGGGUGUUCGCUUGGUGGCUAACCGAGGCUGUGCCGAUGCCAAUCACCUCCAUAGCACCUCUCUUUUUGUUUCCGCUUUUCGGAAUUGCCUCCGCCGAUGGUGUUGCUCGGUCUUACAUGGACGACGUCGUUACACUGCUUCUGGGUAGCUUCAUGCUUGUUCUUGCUGUUGAACGGUACAACGUUCAUAGAAGAUUGGCCUUAAAUAUAACUUUGCGGUUCUGCGGUGAGCCAGUGAGCCCACCUUUCCUCUUACUCGGCAUCUGCUCCACCACAGCUUUCGUCAGCAUGUGGAUGCACAACGUUGCCUGCGCCGUGAUGAUGAUGCCCGUCGCCACUGGGAUCCUACAACGCCUCCCCGUGAAUCCCACCGACGGGUCCACCAGGGCCGCCACCCCUAUCAACAACUUCUGUAGGGCGGUGGUUCUUGGGGUCACGUACGCCGCUCCGAUAGGGGGAAUGAGCACCUUGACGGGGACAGGUGUCAACCUUAUAUUGGCUGCCAUUUGGAAGAGCUCCUUCCCGGAAGCAAAGCCUAUCAGUUUCAACACGUGGUUCUUUUUCGGUUUCCCUUUGGCUUUGCUAAUAUUCUUGGCUUUGUGGGUCAUACUUUGUUUGUUGUAUUUGUCUAAAGGGUCUAGUAUGGCCUUAGCUGCUUACUUGGACAAAGCUCACCUCAAGAGAGAACUUGACAUUUUGGGUCCAAUGGCUUUUGCUGAGAAGAUGGUUUUGGCUGUCUUUGGGACGACGAUAGCUUUGUGGAUGACCAGAAGCAUAACAGAAGACAUUCCAGGAUGGGGAGCUCUCUUUCAUGGCCGUGCAGGCGAUGGAACUGUCAGUGUAAUGGUGGCUACCCUUUUGUUCAUCCUCCCGAACGGGAAGCAAAAAGGUGAGAAACUGAUGGACUGGAAUGAAUGCAAGAAACUACCAUGGAACAUAAUUUUGUUACUCGGUGCUGGUUUCGCCAUCGCCGACGGCAUGCAAUCUAGCGGACUCGCCGACAUAUUAUCCAAAGCCUUAGAUUUCUUGGAACAAGUCCCGUAUAUCGCUAUCGCCCCCGUCGUGUGUCUAAUUAGUGCUAUAAUCACCGAGUUCAUAACAUCGAACGAUGCGGCCGCAACACUCGUGGUUCCACUUUUAAGCCAAAUGGCAAGGACUGUGAAUGUUCACCCGUUGGCGCUUAUGGUUCCGGGAGCCAUCGGGUCACAAUUGGCUUUUAUGCUUCCCACCGGGACUCCGCCGAAUAUUGUCGGGUUCACGACGGGGCAUAUCGAUAUCAUGGAUAUGAUGAAGACGGGGCUGUUGCUUAAGAUUGUUGGUACCGCAAUUGUAUCCUUGCUAAUGCCUACGCUUGGUGCUUAUGUUUUUGAAACAAAAGGAGGACUUCAAUAGCUGCAAAAAAAUGCAAGGGAAAGUGUGAUUGAUAUACGGUAUUGUUUGUUAGCUAAAUAUAGCGACAUUCGAUUCAUUGAGACAAAACUGAAGAAGCUACGUUUAUAUUGGCCUGGCUUUGGCUGAAUAUGCGGCAACAAAGAGGCACCGAGAAUCUUAAAAAUCUAUUGUACUUUCCCCGAGGCGAAGCUAAGCCAAAGCUUACCCUCUUCGUUUCGGCCCUUUGAUUAUUAUAUUUAAUAACUAUUGUUUGGGAAAAAAUUAAAUGAAUCGAGAAUUAGAAAAAUAUUUUCAAUAAUAAGUAGACAAGAUUUUUUUACUAUUUAA